AUCUGCACGUCGAUGUCAGAAGCUAUGGCAGCUGAUCUGACGGAGCGGCUGGUCGUGUGCUUCGAUACCGAUCCUUUGAACGACGUGGACACUGCGACGCAAACACAGCACGACUUUGAAGCUAUUCAUUUCUCGUGGUACAACCGCCACGCCACAAAGGGCCACGACGCGCCCUCGGACGUACCGCCACAAAUGAUGAGCAAGUCGGGACGCUCUAGGACCAACUACCGUCAAAUGAUACCGUAUCCGUCCACAUCUUUGUCACCCAUCUAUCAGGCAAUGGAGCGCAUUCUGGGCGAUGUGUUCAGCUGGAUAGAUACUAAGGUGCAGACGAUCCUUCCAGGCGUAUACCGUCAUCUCGAGGCAACGGCCAGCAUCCUCCCUAACCACCAGCAGUCGCUGGUCAACCCGUUCGUGGGUUUGGUCAUCAACGUCAACGUUGCAACCUACGCCCAC